AUGGAGCCAGACUACAAUGCGGCAAACGAUCUCGUCAAACGCGUGAUGGCUGGUCUCGGCAAGUUCGAGCACCCCAGUACGCGCCUGCUGGCGGAUGCUGCCUGGCUUGCGACAGCCAGGGCGGGAGCUGCGCAAGCUCGGCUACCGCUGCAGCUGACGUUGCAAACACUCACUGGACGUGCGAUUCAGGUCGAGGCACAUGGAAACUGGAGCACGCUCGACCUGUUCAACGCGAUCUCAGUCCAGGAAGGCAUCCCAGUUGACCAACUGCGCUUGCUGCACGCCAACACCGACAGGCAACUGAGUCUCCACGACGCUCACGACCUACAUGGGCAGGGCAUCACAAACGACGCCGUCCUCACGCUAGUGCUUCGGCUACGUGGUGGCUGCUACCGCACGGGGAGCAGCGGCUAG